AACUACCUUCCGCCAUGGGUCGAUCCAAGCCCAAGCCCAUCACGCAGGUGUCCAUCGAGGCGUUCGUGGGAUCAAGCCCUUGCAAGCGCGUGGCGGAGGAUGUGCAGUUCAAAGUACCAUUCCUGCCACUGACGGCUCCGGAGGAGCCCACGCCUGCGGCCUUCCGCGAAGACAUGCCGCUGUACGAGCACCAGCGCCGCUCACUGCACCGCAUGCUGCAGAUUGAGGCACGCGACGAGGACGUGGCCAAGUUCAACUUCGGCAUGCUCGACUAUUUCUCCAAGGGAGGAGCAUUGGCGGACGCUAUUGGAAUGGGUAAAACAGCUACGAUGCUGGCGCUGAUCGCCGGAGAGCCGAGAGACUACGCUGCCGGUGCCAACUUGCUCAUAGCGCCGUCACAUUUGCUGGCCCAGUGGAAGCAUGAAGUGAGCAAGUUUGUCAAGGACGGAGAGAUCGACGUUGUGCUGGGACUGAGGCAGUAUAUGGAGCUGGUGGAGAACCCCGCGGCCAGAGCGAAUAUCUCCAAUCGCAUGCUGGUGCUCGUAGGCGUGGAAGAAGCUGUCAAGUCAAGGAACCACUACUAUCAGUACGGGAAGCUCUAUCCAAUAGAGAUUGGUAGCAGAGGAAAACCGCUGCACGUGGACCCCAUUGCUCUGCAGGAGUACGAAGAAGCUGCCAAGUUCGUCCACAAGGCCUAUUGUGGUCCCCUGUGGGUGACGCUGCUGCAUCUGCCGCAGAAGCCGUGGCGACGUGUGAUUUUCGAAGAAGUACAAGACUUGGUGCUGCCUGGAAAGAGCGCAAGAGACUGCUUCAUUCAGCUCACACACCGGUGCCUGAACGUGUGGCUAAUUACUGCGACUCCGUUCCCAGGCAAGGCCGAGUCGAUAUACGCUAACAACCAACUGCUAGGAUUUAAGCGGUUGCGUCUACUGCCGCAUGAUCCUGCCUUUGACGAGAUCAAGCGAAAACUCUAUCUGCGCAAUUGCGCGCAGGUGAAGCAACAAGCGAUCACGGAUAAAAUCAAGGUGGACGAAACGUACAUCCCAGUCAAGCUGCAUCCGAAGGAGUUGUUGUUGUACAAAAUUGAGUGGGCACUAGCAGAGAAGCAGUCUGAGUACGACUUGUUCGCCCUGGGAGAUGUGGAUGUAGUGGCUGCUGGUGGCAAAGAGGGUGUAGCCGACAGAGUUGUUCCAGAUGACGCAUCAAAGACUGGCAAGGAUGCUGGCUCGGGAAUGCUGUGGUCAGGGGAGUACAAGGCCGCACGACAAACUUGUGUGCACGCAGGCAUCUCUGAUCGGAUACUCGAGCGCGAACGUGGUGGCAAGCAGAACAGUUCUAAGGACACUGCAGCGCCAACGCUGGUCAAAAUCAAAAGUCCCAGUGAAGUAUUUCGCGAUGAGAGUUACCACUUAAACCGGCAGCUAACUGUGGCUACUAAGCGUAAAAAAGAAGUGGAUCUGAUGGAAGCUGCGACGCGGAACACAGUGGCAAUCUGUCGAGCAAUUCACUCCAACGCGUACGUCACUGUCAAGGACUGUCUCGACGAUAUGGAGAGCUCUGGCUUAAGCAGAUUCUUCAAUGAUAACGGAGAGACUGAUGCCGGCUUCCGCAUGUUGUACAAGCAUUAUCCGUACGGGGAUGAAAUGCCAGAGCCGACGGAGCUGCUAUUUUACCAUCAGGGCGAAAUUGCAGACUACAUACUGAAACAUUUCGGCACAAUGGACAAGGUGGAGAAACUCGCCAAGACAAUGGAGUCCACGCUCAAUGAACGGUGUCCACGUGCCCGCGCGGUCGUUGAAGAGCAGCUCAAGCAGGUAACAGAGUGCGUAGCGCUCAUCAACUCGGAAAAGAUUCGCGAAGACGAGGCCAUCGCGAAGAUGCCAGCGUACGGCAGCAAAAUAUCUGCCCUUGUGCAGUACUUAAGCCGCCUGUCAACGAUAAAAGUCGUGGUGUUUACGAUGUGGGAUCACGCUCUGCGAGUUGUGGAUAAGGCGCUUCGUCUUGCCAAUGUUUCGAGUGCAGUGUUCCUCCAGCAUCAGUCGAGCGAGACGAAGUCUGCUCACGUUGCAUCAUUCCACAGUGGAGACAUCCAGGUCCUCAUCUUGAACUCACUCACUAGUGCGUCUGGUAUCAACUUGCAGGUGGCAUCGCACGUUAUUUUCUUAGACCCGGUUGGAUUCAGUCCCAUGCAGGCCAGUACACUGGAGCAGCAGGCUAUUGGUCGUGUGUUACGAAUGGGGCAGACGAAUGACAUCGUGGCUGUUGUCCGGUUCAUUGCUGAAGACACGAUGGAGGCGACGCUCUACGAUGACAUCCACGAAGUCACGCAGAAGGCAGUAGCAGCGGACGACUCGUUCUUCGAUGGUGAGAAGGAAGACGCGUAUGUGUGUGCCGACUUCGCUGCGCCAGUUCGGCGUGUUGUGCGCAUGUUUGCCCCCGCCAAAGACGGAGCUCAGGCAGAAGACGAGGAGAUUCAGAUCGAGGGAUCUAUGUCAAUCGAGGAAGCCAUCACGCAUCGGAUAGAGCAGGCUGAAGCAGAAGGCGAAGUCUUCGAUCUCACGGAAGACGCGCCGAUGGAUCUAGAGCAGCAACUCGCCGCUCUUCGAGAACACGAUGGCACACAUCAACGCAAGAAACGCCGGACUCGCAGCAAUGCGAACAAUGCGGUCUCCGCUGUCCCUGUUGUCUUCGAUGGGGAAGUCCUAGUCAAGAACGAGCCACAGCGCGCGAGGAGGUGAUGAACACCUCAACUUUCGUCUCCAUCUUUACAUGUUAACGUUAAAGUGCUGAUUGCAUUCCCCAUACAGUUGAUACACGCAUAUACUACUACAUGUUGUAGUCGGCUUCGCUCUACCUCUGCAAAUAAAGACUCGCUGCAAUGUCAAACCUGCAGCAACAGUUCGGGCUUCG